AAUCUUGAGGCUGCGACACACAGGGAUGUAAACAUCAUUCAAAGCUGCAGCGGCUUGUAAAGUCUUCAGUUAUUUCCAUAUUUUAUGUCUGUAAAUACAAAACACUAGCUUAUCGAACAUAACGCACUCCUAACGGCUUUCCCGAAUUUCCGGUUACACGUCACUGACACUUCGUUUAAAAUGAUAUACCAUAUUCCCUGGAUCUACACACCGGUGAGGACUGUCCUGGCAAUCUGGCACCAGCUCACCAAAACUGAGAUCCCAGAGUUGGCCAAGUGCUCGGUGCUGAUGAGGGAACGCAGCAGAGUGGAGGAGACGAUCUACGCCAUGCAGCGAGCAGGUGCAGGCAGCCUGCAGGUCAUCUCAGACUUUGACAUGACACUCACCAGAUUCGCUCACAAUGGAAAGAGAGUUGCCACCACCCACAACAUCCUGGAUAACCGGUUGCUGAUUAAUGAAGACUGCACUAAGAAAAUGAGGGAGCUGUUGAACAUUUAUUAUCCCAUCGAAAUUGAUGCUAGUCGGAGUGUUGAAGAGAAGCUGCCUCUCAUGGUGGAGUGGUGGACCAAAGUUCAUGAGCUGCUGAUUCAGCAGAAGAUCAGGAAAGACUUGCUGGCCCAGGCUGUGAGGGAAUCCAGCACCAUGCUCAGGGACGGCUACAAAGUGUUUUUUGACGGUCUGGCUGAGCAUCAGGUCCCGUUGUUGAUCUUCUCUGCCGGCGUUGGUGACGUCCUGGAGGAGGUGAUCCGACAGAACCACGUCUUUCAUCCCAACGUUCACAUCAUAUCCAACUACAUGGAUUUUGAUCACACUGGGGUCCUGCGAGCCUUCAAAGGCCAACUGAUCCACACCUUCAACAAGAGGGAAGGCGCUCUGUCACAUGCAGCGGGCCUCAGAGAGCUGCAGGGUCGGCCCAACGUUCUGCUGCUGGGAGACUCUCUGGGAGACCUCACUAUGGCCGACGGAGUCUCUGAACCCCAGAACGUCCUCACCAUCGGCUUCCUCAACGACCAGGUGGAAGAGAGAAAAGAGACGUACAUCAACUCCUUCGACAUCGUGCUGGUGAAGGAUGAGACGAUGGACGUUCCUAAUGCCAUCUUCAGGUACAUCACCUCAUCAAGAGACAACAAGUAAGACACAGGAAGGAACUGUGGACUCUUCUUGAACAAACUACACAGAUGAACUGGUUCGCUGCAUUCACCACGAUGCAUGCAGGACAAUCACACAUCCCCACUUACCUCAAACCAGAACUCUGGACUGGACAUUUCUGGAGUUACUGGUGCAGCACACACAUAUACACACACACUAUCCAUUAUCUAUACACUGCUUAAUCCUCUGUAGGGUCACGAGGGGCUGGAGUCUAUCCCAGCUGACUCAGGACGAAGGCAGGAUACACCCUGGACAGGUCUAUCGCAGGGCUACACAGACACAGAGACAAGCACUCUCAUAUUCACACCUACAGACAAUAUGAAAUCACCGAUUAACCUCAGCAUGUUUUUGGACUGUGGGAGGAAGCAGGAGAACCUGGAGAAAACCCACACCUGCACAGGGAGAACAUGCAAACUCCACAUAGAAAGAUCCCAGGCUUGAACCAGGGGUCUUCUACCUGUGAGGCAACAGUGCUAACCACAGUGCAGCCCACACACAACUCUGAAAUCUUUUAUUUUUAAACUCUGUUUUUGACUUGUAUUUGCUGUAAAUUAGUCGUUGUACCAAAGUCUUACAGUUAAAAAGGAAAAAUUGCAGCUUGAGUCAAACUGUACUGUAGCAGAUGUAACUCAGUCAAAAGGGACUUUAUGUUGUCUUGUGCACCUUCAGCGCUCCUUCUGAAAAUGUUUCUGUAGUGUUUCUAACGUUGCCCUUUUUUCACUUCUUUAAGGAGAAAAAGCUUUUACUUCAGCUGCUUUUAAAAAUGUGUUUUAGUAUGCUCAUAUAUGAGCAACAUCAUGUAACACAUUUUGUAAAUGUCUUUAUCUGCCAGGUGUUAAUAUUGACAUUGUUCUAGUGUGUAUCAUGCGUACUGUAUAUUACCUCUUUGUACACAAGCUGGAGGGAUAACAAAUUUACAGAAAAAAAUGAAUUACUGCUACUAAUAAUGUUUUUCAUUGCAGACGUAUGGGAGUAAAAUAGUCAUUCAAUAGAUAGAUGGCCAUGAUUCAAGCUUUUAAAUUCUAUUAGAGAUGCUUCCUAAUACCUGUUAGUAUUUUGUUUGAGCCAAGGUCCAGUAGUUUCCCACCAAUAUUAACCAAUUUUUAGAUCUUGGCACGUAUGUGGGUGCCAACAUGCUGAGAAGUUAUUCACCAACUUUUUAAAACUGACUGUUAUUAUGUGAACUCUUCAUGACACAAUUACAUCAUUUAACAUGCUGCUACUGAAAAAACAGCAGUUCCUCUUAUUUUUCAUCCAGAAUGCAGAGCUGCAACAUUUCCUGAUAUCAAACUACCCCAAGAUGUUUUAUCACUUUAACAUAUAUGCAGGGUUAUAGUGAUGAAUAAAAUCACAAACAACAGAUUUUUAUUUAUUUGAUUUUGAGGAGAAUGAGCCACAGAGGUCGAGUUUAUUGGCAGCAGCCAAAGGUUUUGGCUGUCUAAUCCCUGGCUGCUGAAAUGGUUUUUAGGGACUUGGAAUGUUACCUUUCUGGUGGUAAAGGAGCCUUAACUUGUGCGGGAGGUUGACAGAAACCGACUAGAUUUACUUGGGCUCACCUGAACGUACAGCACAGGCUCUGGAACCAAUCUCCUGAAUAGGAGCAAGACUCUACUCUGGAGUUACCCAGGGUGAGAGGUGGCAGGCAUACACACUCAAAGCCUGAUUAGUUAGGUGAUUAUACGUUGUAGUUUUCCCAGAUUAAUGAGCAGGUUGCUUUGGGAGUAUGGGGCAUCAGGUCUGCUGUUAUCCUCCACCAGUGUGAGAGCUGGAGGAGCAUUCCUAACAAUAAGUCAGAUUCAUUCCUGGUAGAAGCCCAACUCCUCCAGUGCUGCGUUUUGUCGCCGAUUCUGAUCUUACUUUCAUGUACAGGAUUACUAAGGACUGGAGGCUGUCCAGUUGAUAGAGAAAUUUUGCAGCUCUGCAAUUUGUACCAAAAAAUACAGCUCAAAAAGAUGCCAGUACAGUGUUUUCCAUUAUACUGGCGCACCUCUUUUUUUGUCAUUAUUACAGGUACAGUUAUUUCAGAUGUCAGGUGAUUUUUUUUGUGCGAAGAUAAAAAACUGACACUAUUUUGUUUUUCUUACAAACAUUUUAAUUAAUGUGACUUUCAGGACAUAUAAAGGUGCUUGUUUAGUUUUCUGAAAAACAGCUAUCAAACACAGAACACAUUACACAACACUCAACUCCACUAAACAUCCUUUGCACUGUUUUCAGGUCAUUUCAAAACACUGUGCAAUGUGGUACGAAAAAUAUUAAACCAUGAUGCUGUAUGGCAAA